AUGGCGCCCAAAGAACUCAACUUCAUCACCGGCAACAAGAACAAGCUCGCGGAGGUGCAAGCCAUCCUGUCCGCUACGCCCGUAAAAUUGCAGAGCCAGGCACUGGACUUGCUGGAAAUUCAAGGCACGAUCGAGGAAGUCUCUACUGACAAAUGCCGGCGUGCGGCUGAAGCGGUCCAAGGACCUGUGCUAGUGGAAGAUACUUGUCUCGCUUUCAAGGCCUUCAAUGAGUUGCCGGGACCAUAUGUGAAAUGGUUCCUCGAAUCGCUCGGAGUUGAGCAAUUCCACAAGCUGCUCGCAGGCUUCGAAGACAAGUCUGCAGAUGCGGUAUGCACAUUCGCGUACUCUGAAGGACCAGGCCAUGAGCCGAUUCUGUUCCAGGGACGGACAAGGGGCAAAAUCGUCGAAUGUCGAGGAUCAACUUCCUUCGGCUGGGACGCAUGCUUCGAGUAUGAAGGUCAGACGUACGCCGAGAUGCCCAAAGCCGAGAAAAACAAGGUGUCGCAUCGCGGCAAGGCGCUGGAGAAGCUGGUCGAGUGGCUCAAGCAGGAGGUGUGA